GUUGGAUUGAGGAGUUUAGUUCGAGCGCGAUCGCCGGAGAGAGGAGAGCGCGUUAAGAGAGUGGUGUGCAGUGGGGUGGAAGAUAAAUUGGGGGAAAAAAAGAAAAAUUUAUCGAUACGGAUUAGUUUUUUCUGUUUUCUCUUUUACAUUUUGUAUAUUCAUCGGGAUCCGGUUUUCAUGUUCCCUUAGGCGAUAGAGGGAAAAAUGGAGAAUCGAUCGUUCGUCCCGGAUAGCAUCCCAGCAGAUCUCGAAAAGAGUUGGCACAUACCAAGACCCACACUAGCUCGCAGCUCGAACAGCAGCCAAGGAUCAGCUUCGAGCAAUAACAGCACCCAGAGCGUAAGAUCCGGUUCGCUGCUCCUGACAGCAGCCAAUCUGGCCCAAAUCCACCACCUGCAACAGGAGCAGGAAUCCAGGAACGCCAUACAAUCGGCCCCGGCAUCGAUCAGAGACCAAAACAUCCGGUAUUUCCUGGAAAACCAGCCGUCCGGCAACGUCGCGGAUAAAAAAUUCGCCGAUCCGGAUAGCGUAUCGAUAGCCAGCAGUACGCAUUUCACCGUGGUGAACGUGAACACCAGGCAAAAAUCCCCGAAGAGGAGCUUCUGCAGGAAACACCAGCUCACCAUACUGGUAUUGACCAUGUCUGCUGUGUUCACCAUAGGAAUUAUGGCGGCCAUAAUACUUUUGGAAAUGAGAGCCAAGAGUCAAAGGUUUUGAUUUGGAAACGUUUCCAUUGUCCAAAUCGGAGUAAACUAUGGAAGAGGGGAAUCACAUGAAAUCCCGUUAGAUUUAUCCUUUUACUAGGAUAUAAAUAUGGAGAACUAACAUCAUGGUCUUUAACUCCUCAGGAAAGCGACUUAUAUGUACAUU